AUGUCCGAGGCUAAUGGUUAUAAUGAAGAAGUGCCCAAUAGGCAAGCAGCUUUAAAAGUGGCGCUUAGAUUUAAAAAUGAGAGAAUAAGUAUAAUAAAUGCAGACCCAUCGUCAAAACCUUUCCUGUUUUGGUUUAUAAUAUCGUGCUAUUUUCCGGUGAUUACCGCUUGUUUGGGCCCUAUUGCUAAUACCAUUUCUAUUGCGUGCGUUGUGGACAGUUGGAGAAUUGAGGAAGUUGUGGAAAGUGACGGUACUGUCUCAGUCCAUAAUAUUAAAGACCCCAGGUCACUAUUCGUAGUAAACGUAAUGUCUCUAGUGUUUGGAUUCGUUUCGAAUAUAGUUUUAAUAUUGCACUAUUUCAAAAAGUUAAGUUAUCUCAAAUCACAAAUCAUUAAUAUUGUUGGAUGGACAAUAGCAGGAGGUAUUCUAUUGAUAGACGUUGUUAUUUGCUCAGCACACUUCAUGAAGGCCGGAGAACAUAGAUCCAUUGGAUUUUGGUACGCAUGUAUAACUUCUGGUUUAUAUCUAGGCUGUACAUUGACUCUGACACUGCAUUUUAUAGGGUACAAGCUAAAAAAAUACCCACCUACUUUUAAUUUGUUACCUAAUGAAAGAAAUAUUAUGAUAUUCACUGUAGUCAUGUCAAUAUGGUUGAUUUGGGGCCCUGGUCUCUUUUCAGGACUACUUAGUAUAUCCUGGGGUAAUGCGUUGUAUUUCUGUACAGUGGCUGUUCUCACUGUUGGUUUUGGGGAUAUCUUGGCAAAUAAUGUAGCUUCAAAGAUUAUGAUCUUAAUUUUUGCCAUGAGUGGUGUUCUAAUCUUGGGUCUGAUUGUUUUUAUGACAAGAACAAUUAUUUCAAAAUCUGCAGGUCCCAUUCUCUAUUUUCAUAAGACUGAACUGGCGAGAUUAGCAGCUUUACGUAAGAAUAAAAAUGGUGAAGUAGACUUAACUGGAAAGGAAGGUUUCAUGGAAAUGCAAACCAUAAGGAAAAUCACAAGAAGGAAAGAAAUUAUAUACUCAGUGAGUAUGACUUUAUUUGUUUUCACAUUAUUUUGGUUGUUAGGAGCCUUGGUUUUCCAUUUUGCUGAAGGCUGGUCUUAUUUCAAUGCUGUUUAUUUCUGUUUUCUGUGUCUCUUAACGAUUGGAUUUGGAACCGAUUUCUCUCCCAAGACAGGUGCAGGGAGAGCUUUCUUCGUGAUAUGGGGUAUUGCUGCGGUUCCCCUUAUGAGUGCAAUCUUAUCUACAGCUGGCGACCUAUUGUACGCAUUUUCUUCUUCAUUACACAUAGAGAGGUCAAAUAGAGCUUAUAUGAACUUAAAGUAUAUUUUUCUAAAUGGUAAAGAAAAAGUUCAAUCAUUACUCAUCACCCAAAUGGGUAUAUUUACAGGUGCUGAAGACGAAGCUGAGGAAGAGCAGGAAGAAGAGGAAGAGGAGGAGGAAGAAGAAGAAAUGGAGGGAGGAGCGAAGGGUCAAAAUUAUAGCUUCAGAAAUGAAUAUAAUACAUUUGCUCAAUUAAACUCAAAUAAUUCAGAUGUGUCGAAAGGAGAAUCAUCGAAAGAAUUGGAUUCACUGGACGAUUUUAUCGAAGAUCCUUUUGCUCUGCAACUUAUUAGAACAAACGAUACAUUUUCAAAAAGAUCUAUCAAUCAAAUGUCUAAGUUGAAAAAGAUAAAGUUCAUGCUGGAGACAAUUAGGAGAUUACAUCGAAUUUCGAUGAAGGAUGAAGAUUUUACGUUAAAUUUCGAACAGUGGUCUGCCUUAAUUUCUCUUGCUAAACCAGUUGAAGGCAUUGGGCCCGAAAAUAGCGAUUUCUGGGUCUCAGAAAAUUCACCCUUACGGUACCCAAUUAACGAAGCCCAGUACGCAUAUUUGAGGUUAUUCAAGCAUGUAGAAGAGAUGGUCGAAGAAUUAAUGACCGAAGCGGAAGAUGAUUCCAAGAAUUUAAAUAUACGACGAACCAGCCUUGCAGGAAGUCUGAAUAAACGAAUAUCCCCCACGGAAGAAUCGCAUAACCGGGACAGAUUAUGA